AUGCAUCUUACUAUGGAAACUGUAACCUUGACGCAUGAUUCGGCUCAUAAGAGGGAUAUUGAGAACUAUAACGAGAAAGUUGUUGAAAAUAGGGCAAUUUUGAAAAGAUUAAUCGAUGCAAUAAUUUAUCUAUCAACGCAAGAGUGUUCUUUUCGUGGGCAUGACGAAAAAAAUGAUUCAGAUAAUAAGGGAAAUUUUAAAGAAUUGAUCGAUUUAUUAAAAACCUACGACUCAAAGUUACAAAAUUUUUUAAAUGAAGCUACAGUUUUUACUGGAACCUCAAAAUCAAUUCAAAACGAUUUAAUUGAAAGCAUCUGUUUUGUAAUUAAAAAUAAGACAGAAGAAGAACUGCAAAAAGCCGAUUUUUUUUCUUGGGAAAUAGAUGAAACUACAGAUAUAACUUGUAAAAGCCAACUAUCCGUAAUUUUAAGAUAUGUUACAGAUGGCGAACUUGUUGAGAGAUUUACUGGGUUCUACGACGUUAGUAGUGGAAGAAAUGCUGAAUGUUUAUUUCAGUUAUUAACAAAAGAAUUCAAUCGGUUUGAUCUGAAAAAUAAAUUAAUUGCCCAAACUUAUGACGGUGCUGCAGUAAUGGCAGGACAUUUAAACAGUCUUCAAACUAAACAAAGCUUGUAA